GCCACAGCUCGAACAUGAAGUGCAGUAUGCACAGACAGUGAGUCGACCCGGGCACAGGCCACCAAGAUAUCACGAGAAGGACGACGCCUCACCACCGCUAUUAUGGCAUCAACAGCCUCAACACCUGGCAGCCCCGAUGCAGGGCCGAGUCCUGUGCCCAACUCGACGCAACCUUUCUGGCGCACGGAGCUACACGAGCUCGACAACCACCGCAGCACCAAGGACCUCCCGGCUGAGGCUGACAUCGUCAUCAUUGGGGCGGGGUUUUCUGGCGCGGCGCUGGCACACUACAUUCACGAGGACAAUGCUUCGCCGCCGUCGGUCGUGAUCCUAGAAGCUCGCGAGGCGUGCUCCGGGGCCACUGGACGGAAUGGCGGCCACGUCAAGCCCGACGUCUACUUCAACGUGCCCAAGUACAUCCGCAAACACGGCGUCAAGGCGGCUGUCGAGGUUGCCAACUUUGAGGCGUCGCAGUUGCGGGCUGUCAAGGAGCUCGUCGAGCGGGAAAAGAUUGACUGCGAGUUCACAUUGACUCGGGCGUGCGACGUCAUCCUCCAUGAGGCCCAGGCAAAGGAGGCCGAAGAGGCUCAUGAGCAGCUCGUCAAGUCUGGCGUUGCGGACCUGAGAGAUGUCCAGUACACAUCACGGAAGCAUGCGGAGAGGGUCUCUGGCGUCAAGGGCGCCCUCUGCGCGUGGACCUACACAGCUGGCCACAUCUGGCCAUACAAGCUUGUGAUGCAUCUGCUGCAAGGCGUCGUCAGCAAGGGUGCCAACCUGCAAACCCACACACCCGUGGCCGCCGUCUCGGGAGAGCCUCUAUCUGAUGGGCGGUGGCUCGUCACUACGGCGGACCGAGGCGCCAUCAAGGCCAAGAAGGUGCUCUUUGCGACGAACGGAUAUACUGCUGGGCUCGCACCACAGUUCAAGGACCGCAUCGUGCCGGUGAGAGGCAUAUGCGGACGCAUCAUUGUUCCGUCGGGGUCCCCGUCCAGCCAAGAACCUGCACAAGACGGUACUGUGACUCAAAACACGAAACAGGCACCCUUCUUGCCCAUGACUUACGGCUUGCGCUACGGACCGGGGCUCUAUGACUACCUCAUCCCGCGCAACGACGGCAGCAUCAUUGUCGGCGGCACCAAGCAGACGUGGUGGCACGAGAAGGAGCACUGGUACAAUGUCGUCGACGACAGCACGCUCAUCGAACCCGCGCUCAAGGAGUUUGAGGGGCUCAUGCAGCGCAGGUACAUCGGGUGGGAGGACACCGGGGCGUGUGUGGAUCGGAUCUGGACCGGCAUCAUGGGCUACACCUCCGACUCCAUGCCAUAUGUCGGCCACAUGCCUGGCAAGCCGGGCCAGAUGGUUCUCGCCGGUUUCAACGGCCACGGCAUGCCCCUGAUCCUGCUCUCGGCCAAGGGGCUUACAAAGAUGCUGAUGGAAGGCACGACUUUCGAGGAGACAGGCAUACCAUCCCCAUUCAAGGCCACCCAGGAGCGGCUGGAUAACACGGGUAAUGCAAUCUUGGAAGCCGUACCCGCUAGCAAGCCAAGCGCGGUUUUGUAGGGAGUAUCUUGUAGCUGAGCCUUUGGCGACAUAUAUAUAGAAUCA